AAAUAAAUGGAAGUGGCAUGCACUAUAUACUCAUAUGGUUUUUGUGGUUCAAAAUUUAAGUCCGGAGCAACCGCCGCCGCCGCUGUGGCCUUAUAUCUCCCCUCUCUCUAUCUCUCUGGACAAACAACUUUAAGAAUCAAAAUGGCCAAUUCUGUUGUAUUCAUGUUUUCUCUGCUGGUUUCAUCAAACGCCAUUGUCAGAGCUCAAGAAGGUCGGCCUCCGCACGGCCUUGCUUCCGAGAUCCCUUCUGCUGCCGCCGCCUCGCCAGAAGCGUACACAUUUUUCAAUCCGGGUGGCAGCGGGGGCGGCGACCAACUCAACUAUGCUAAAGCUGCCGCACAGUUUCCGGCAAUGCCGGCGGCGGCACGGGGCGCCGGAGAUGGUGGAAUGGCAGCGGUUCUGGUUGGGUUUCUGAUCGUUUUGGUUUUGGCGUUUGGGAUUUACUUGUUGUCAGUGGUGACCACUCAGAAGGGCAGCCGGAAUGGACCUCUAGUUUGAAAAUGUUUGCUGUUGAUUAUUAUCCAAUAAAGAAAACUUGUUAAAAGAACUUUCUGUUUCCUUAAACUUUUUUUUAAAGUUGUCCCAAAAAAGAAGCUUCUAUUCUCUUUAGAGAAAGAAAUGAAUAAUUCAUAU